GAGAAUCAAGCGUUUUCUGACACAGAUGGAAAACAUGGUUGACUCGUGGAGAAAAAUUUCGCAAUCUAUCAGCGAAUCAACGUUUACAUCUUUAAAAGAGCUUAAAUUUGAUAAACCAACCCCUGUUCAGGCAGCAUGUAUUCCACUCUUACUUUCUUACAAGGAUGUGGCAGCAGAGGCUGUCACUGGAAGCGGGAAAACGUUGGCUUUUGUAAUCCCAAUAUUCGAGUUGUUAAAAAAACGUGAAACUGCACUGAAAAAGCAUGAAGUUGGUGCGUUGAUUGUGAGUCCUACGCGUGAUCUUGCUCAGCAGAUUUACGAAGUUGUGUGCUGUUUUGGUAAACAAGUUCCUAAUUUGACUACAUCUCUAGUGAUUGGAGGGAAAAUAACACAAGAUAAUGAGAGUGUUGCUAACAUAAUGAUUGGAACACCUGGGCGUCUGGAAGCCAUGUUUGAGAAGAAGCAAGGACACAUAGAGCUGGCAAGAUGUGUAAAAGACCUAGACAUUCUGGUACUAGAUGAGGCAGACAGACUGUUAGAUAUGGGUUUUGAGGCUAGCUUAAACACAAUUCUUAGUUUCUUACCUAAACAGAGAAGAACUGGAUUGUUUUCAGCAACUCAGACAGCUGAAGUAGAAAGCCUGAUCAGAGCUGGACUUAGAAAUCCAGUUCGAGUUUCUAUCAAAGAAAAGUCAAGGAUUACCAAUAGUUCAUCUGGCGAGGAAAUUCAGAGAACACCUUCAACAUUAAAAAACUAUUACAUGAUAGUGAACAGUGAUGAGAAGUUAAAUCAGCUGAUAUCAUUUAUACAAACUCAUAGGAAACAGAAGAUUAUGAUGUUUUUAAGUACAUGCGCUGGUGUUGAUUAUUUCAGCAAAAUACUGCAACCGCUGUUGAAGAAGACACAGCUAUAUUGUAUCCAUGGUAAGAUGAAGAAUAGGAAGAAAGUGAUAUCACGGUUCAAGUCACAGGGAGGCGGGGUAUUAGUGUGUACCGAUGUGAUGGCGCGGGGGAUUGAUAUACCAGAAGUUAACUGUGUCAUACAGUAUGAUCCACCCACUACUGCUUCUGUAUUUGUACACAGAUGUGGUAGAACAGCUCGUAUUGGUAAUACAGGUAGUGCUGUAGUGUUUCUAACUCCAGAAGAGGAGAGUUUUGUUGAGUUUAUAGAGAUUAACCAGAAAGUUCCACUUCACAAGAUGGACAAACUUGAAAUAGACCAUAACUACAUACCUGAAGUUCAAACUAUGGCAGUGAAUGACAGGGCUGUUUAUGAAAAGGGAAUGAGGGCAUUUGUUAGUUUUGUACAAUCAUAUGCAAAACACGAGUGUUACUUAAUAUUUCAAAUGAAGAAACUGGACUUUGGAAGGCUAGCUACAGGAUUUGGUCUAAUAAAGGCUCCAAAAAUGCCAGAGUUGAAAGCCGUCAAGUUGGAGAAUUUUUAUCCUUUGCCUGUAGAUGUAAAUGAUAUUACAUACAGUGACAAGACUUUGGAAAAACAGAGACAAAUAAAAUUACAAAGUGAAAGUGAAGAAAGAAAGAAGAGAUUGACAAGACCGCCAAAGUCGGCGGCAUGGUCAGAUAAAAAAGACUAUAAGGAAAGAAAAAUGAAAAGAAAGGAGAUAAAAGAAAGGAAAAAGGAGAAAAGAAAAAUUGAGCUCACCGAAGAAGACAUAGAUGAUUUAGAAGAUGAUUUUAGAAUGGUGAAAAAGUUAAAGAAUAAUAAGAUUUCACAAGAAGAGUUUGAUAAAGAAUUUGAGGUUGACAGUGACCCAGAAUUAUGACACCGAAACGCUCUGUAGGCCACUUAUACAUGUAAAUUAUCACGAACAUUGAAAAUUGUUGUUAUGAAUGAUAUUUUUUUCAAAUAAACAACCAACUUAUGAUCAAAG